UAGCAGGAUGUUGCUAACGCUGUUAGCUUACAUUCGGGGCAGUAAUUCAUUGUUUGUGAAUUACUGCAGAUGCUGCCAGUGUAACCUUGACGCUUAAGUGAUUAUGGACGCAACUGCAGACAUUUAAGAUAUCCGAGUUAUUCGAUGAUUUAUGAAAGGUAGUUCUUAUUGAUCGAUGGUUAGCUUGCUGUCUUAGCUCCCUCGCGUCGUGGGCCUUGUUGCAGACUAGCACGACCCGGCUAUUAGCAUGGUUACCAGUCAAUGACCCUGCAGGUGUUUACGUACUUUGGAGUUUUGUCUAAUACUGUACAUACAAUAAAAUCUCACAAUGGAUACGCCUGAAAGCCCUACCCAGUCGCCUCAGUCUCCAUUGGAGAAGGAUCUUUCUGACAGUGAGCUACUGGAUUCUCCGGAGGAAGAGGAUAGGGUCAUCUCAGACAGUGAAAUACUCUAUGAAGAGAAUGGAGAUUUGGCUGAUGCGGAUGAGGAGGAGGAUACAGUGGAAAUCAGAGCAGGAGGUCUGACAUUACAGGAAGUGGGAGAAGAUGAUGAGGUUGUGCCUGAUUUUGUUUCUGAGCCGGAGGACGAGGAACCUGUAGCUGAAGCUUCUGUAAUGGGGCAGGAUAAUGAGACCAUUGUGCUGAUGGAAGGGGAUGAUGAUGAUGAUGACGACGAUAGGGCACAAGCUGGUGACUUGGAUGGAGAGGAUGAUGUGGAAGGAGAGGACGUAGAUGAUCAAGUAAUUUACACCCCUCAGUCUCCAGACUCCGAGCCAGAACAAGGCAGGAAUAUCAUCACUAAGAAAGACAGAGAUGUAUCGCAAGCUUAUGGAAACUGCAGAACUGUGUCAGGAGAGACUGGUGUAAAGGGGGAGGAGGAGGAUGAUGAUGAUGAUGAACAGGUAAACAGCACUGCAGAUGAGGAAGAAAUUUUGACUCUUCGAGCGGGGAGAGCUGCUGUCGUGAGAGAGAUUAAGGAAGACUCUGCGUCAGUUUCUCGAGAGCUGGAUGAACAUGAACUGGAUUAUGAUGAGGAGGUCCCAGAGGAGCCCAACAUCCCAACACAUGAGGAUGAGGAAGAUGAUGCAAAAGCCUUAGAAGAGGAGGACCGUGAUGACAAGAUUUUAAAGAGUGAGAAGAAACCUAUCCUUCCCCCGUCUCCCAAAGAUGGCGAAACUAGAAAGACCGAAGACUCCAAAGUGCGCCGUGAUUCAUUCAGGGACAAGAGGAAAGAGGAUGAUGGAGAGAUUGAUGAAGGCGAGAUUGAUGAUGAUGAUUUGGAGGAGGGAGAGGUGAAAGAUCCCACGGAUAGGAAGAUCAGACCACGUCCUAUUUGCAGGUUCUUCAUCAAAGGAAAUUGUACUUGGGGUAUGAACUGUCGGUUUAUCCACCCUGGCGUCAAUGACAAAGGGAACUAUUCCCUCAUCAGUAAACAGGACCUCUUUUCACCAAAUGGAGCACAACCUGCAGGACCCCUCCCACUUCUACCCACCAACCCCUGGGCUGCACCUGCUGUAGAGGAGCUCCCUCCACCACCUCCUCCUGUCGAACCUCCUGUGGAAAGUGCAUGGGAGAGAGGCCUCAGGCAUGCCAAAGAGAUGUUGAAGAAGGCCACCAUCCGUAAGGAGCAGGAGCCAGACUUUGAGGAGAAGCGUUUUAAUGUGACUAUUGGAGAGGAUGAGAGGGAAUUUGACAAAGAAAAUGAUUUCUUCAGGGAACGCAGCUAUCGCAUCAUCAGAGAUGAAAUGGACUUACGUGAGCCAAUAUAUGGUGAUGCAUAUGCUGAACCAUACUAUGAUUAUGAAAUGGAGGCCCUAUGGCGAGGUGGGCAGUAUGAAAACUUCAGAGUGCAGUAUACAGAAGCCCCUCUUCCUUACCAUUAUAGUGAGCGUGAACGAGAAAGGGACCCUCGAGAGCGGCACCGAGAUCGAGAGCGGGAGAGAGAUCACCGUGAGAGGGAGCGCCGACAGAGGGAACGAGAGCGGGAGAGAGAGCGGGAGAGGGAGAAGGAGAGAUUGAGGCGGAAAGAGGAGUGGGAGAGAGACAGGAUGAAGCGCGAUGACAAGGAGAGGCCGAAGAUGCGUCCUCCUCGAGACAUCCGAGAGAAGAAAGAUGAAAACAAACUCAAACCACAGUCACCUUUAAUUCUGCCACCUAACAGACCAUUGGAACCCCCCACAAAGAAAGAUCUUGUUCCAGUAAUGAGACAACCAGAUGAAUGGAAGGACCCUUGGCGUCGAUCAAAAUCCCCCCGGAGAAGAGCUGGACUGGGUUCCCCACCACGAGGUCGUCGGAGAAAUAGGCAUUCGGGUUCUUCUGUUUCUCUGUCAAACUCUUCCAGGUCUUCAUCUCACUCAUCAUCCUACACAGGCUCUGGAUCAUCUCGUUCCCGCAGCCGCUCCUCCUCAUUCAGCUCCUACUCCAGCCACUCUUCCCAUCGCAGUUCGUUCAGUGGGAGCCGCUCUAGGUCAAGAUCAUUCUCCACAUCUCCCUCGCCGACUCCAGCGGCACCAAGGAAUGCCAAAAACAAGCCAGACCUUCCUCCCGUGCUUGCUAAAGGAUUGCCAUUGAAGCAAGCUACUGCGCCGCCUCCACGCAGGGAUAAGCCUCCCAUAAAGAAAGCCCAGAGUCCGCCACCUGGCGGAGCAGUUGGCAAGCCUGUAAAGCCCUUGGCAGAGGGUGGAAAGCCUCCCAUCAAUCUUCGGGAGUCCGGAGGGAUGGUUAUUGGUGGAAGUGGUGGAAUGGGUAGACAUCUUCCUUCACGGGAACCUGUUAAACCUCCCAACCAGAGGGAAGGAAGGCAGAAAGAGCGGCAACAGCAUCCUCCUCGGAGGGCUCCAAAGACAUUUCAGCCUCCAGAGCCACGGGCGCACAGGCGGACAGUAAGCGGGAGUGUUAGUGGAAGUGGUAGCAGUUACUCUGGUUCAAGCUCCAGGUCCAGGUCCUCUUCAAAUUCCCUGUCACAUUCACGUUCCGGAUCCAGAAAAUCGAGAAAGUCCAGGUCUCUGAGUGUGAGCAGUGUGUCAUCUGUGUCGUCAGCAUCUUCAAGCAGCAGUUCCGUGCGCAGUGCAGACUCUGAGGACAUGUAUGCCGACCUAGCAAGCCCGGUGUCUUCAGCCAGCACUCGUUCCCCCACACCAGGUCACCCUCGUAAAGAGAGAGCGGCGCCGCCCCGGGAGCGACCUCCACAGAACCGAGAAAAAAACAGGAAUCAGUGUGCAGAGAGACCCUUAAAGAAAGAUGAACCCUUAAGAGAAGAUCGCAGAAAGGGGAACCCAUCUCUUGGUCCACCGAGAGGAGGCAACCCAAUGUCCAGGCCAGUUCCUGGAAGUAGAGGUGGUCACCCUGCACACCACCCUGCACACCACCACACACACCAUCCUACACACCAUCCUGCACACCACCUUGGUGGGACUAUGCAGCCCCCUGGAAACUAUGGAGGCUCAGGUUCCCAUAAAGAUAUCAAACUCACGCUUCUAAAUAAGGGCGAUAAGGGCAGUAGAAAGAGGUACCUCCCCUCCGACAACCGACCCGGUUCCCCCCUCAGCAAGAGAAUGGCCAUGUCUCCAGACAGAGCUCGUGAUAAGAGGAUACCAGGACGACCCCCACUAUCCCCUCGAAUGGAUCGACACAGAGGCCAAGCAGCGCGACCAAUGCCCCCCCAGGGCGACAGAAAACGUCCCCUGUCACCGCCCCCAAAAUCAUCUGGAAAAGGCCCUGCGGUGCAGUCUGGUAAACCUGAAGCUCCCGGCUCGGCUCCAGCUGCCGGUUCCAGCAAACCCAGCAACACACUGUCUCGCCGCGAGGAGCUCCUAAAACAGCUGAAGGCCGUAGAAGAUGCCAUUGCUCGUAAAAGAGCAAAGAUCCCCGGCAAAUAAACACGAGUGAACUCCCUCGCCUUGUUCAUCCGGCCGCCCCGACUGCACGCCAUUGAGAACCGAGGCAACUUUGGAGGUCGGAACUCUUUUCCCAGUGACUCCUGCUUUAGUCUGCUGCCUCCAAUGGACAUGCACAAAUGCUGUAUGGUUCUUGUGUACAUGGUGUAAGUGAACAAGCGGCCUCCGUAAGAGUUUUUUCACUCCCUUAUGCCCACAUUCUGCUGAGUUGCUCGUGGUUGACAAACACUACAGAACACAGGCAUGCUGGGAAGAAGGCAGGAAUUUCUCUAAUGACAUUUCCGAAAGAGAAAGUGUGCUUGAUCACGCUGGUCUGUCAGUGGAAAAAAAAAGAGAAUAAUAUCUAUGUUGUCCACCUGAUGACUUGCAGAUUUCUACAUAUUUAGGCUAUAAAUUUGACUACCCCUUGUCAAUUUUCUUCUUUUGUUUUCUGUAUGACGCGUUUAAGUGAACCCGGUCUGCAGGACUUCUUAUUCCUUCGGAACAAUCCAUUGCACGUCUCUAGUGCGCCAUUGAAAGUGAUGCUACAGCUUGUACAGUAUAGAAAACUAACUUUUUGACACUGUCACCACUUGUACAAUACAAGCAAGUCAUCAGGUGCUCUCUAGAGAAUUAUACACAACAGUGGUAAUGUUUGUUUUUGUUUUUUUUUAACAUAAAUCUACAGCAUUUUAUUUUCUUGUUAGCUCUUCUCAAGUUAUAAACCAAUGUUUUAAUUUGUGUCGUUUCUACUUAGGGGAGAGCAAGGUUGUAACGGGGACAUUUAGAGACACAAAAUCCUGCUUUUGUGACAAAAGCCUUCUAAAUAAACUAUUUUGAUAAA